CUCACAAAUGUAGGCGUAACAGUGCAGGUGAGUCAGAGGCGUUUCUAAAUGAAGACGGUGAAACCUGAUAGCAAACAAGGUGUAUGAGCUUAAAAUGUAUUUGCAGACUAAAAUAUUAGAUUCAGCAGCACCGUAAUUACAUCAACACUUGUGUAUUUGACUGUGUUAGUUUGAGCAAAGUGUACCUAAUGAACUGGAAACUGAGUGUGUGCAAUCACUUGGUGCAGAAGGACAAUUAUCUGAUGUUUAUUUUGAUAAUAAUUUAAGUAAUUUAUCUAAAAUAGCGAUUAUUUGUGGAUUUAAAUGUGCAAAUUAAAUGCCUUGGGGUUUUUGGACUGUUGCCAGAUAACAUGAGCAGUUUGAAGCUGUUUAAUUUACAUUUAUAGACUAAAUAAUUCAUAAUUGAUUUGAUAAUAAAAGUAACUGUUAGUUGCUGCUUUAUUUUUGAGUGUUUACACAAGUAAGAGAAUGUGUUAUAUACUAAAACUGCAAUUCUAAUUAGAUAAUUUGUGGAAGUUUUUAUAGAGAAUUUAAAAGGUUUGUCCUUUCUUUAAUAAAGCAGAGAGUUAGGUGAGUUAAAUUAGACAAUAAUAAGUGCUGGCAUUGCGUGUCGUGGCGUAGCCUGAAUGUACGCAGUGACAGUUAACAGUUGACAAAGUCCUUCACACUGAAACCAGCCAUUGUUUGUUGAGGACAGAUAACACAAAGGUGUCACUGAUGUACCUGUGGCUGCACGCUGAGGGACAACCUUGGAGAAAUCCUUUGCGGGGCCGUAACCGUAUCCACGCCGAGGUCAGUGGGGCGUCUCGGCCCGGUGUAAAGCUCACAGUUCAGGGCCAGGAUUAUCCAGAUCAUUGGAUCAGAAUACUGUCACCUAGCACCGUAACCUCCCACAGUGUACCUGGGAUGUCCCUGCGUACUGCCACCACCCCCACGGUAUUCUGUCGCAAUCACUACCAGGAAUUAACUUGACCUCUCCUUCACCCUGCAAGACACCAGAUAGGAGACAGAGACGAGCAGCUGAGACGCCGCUGUGGCGAUCGCUGGCCUCCGCGCUCGGGUCAGAGUGCAGACGGACAUCAACAGAAGAGGAACGCGUGAUAAACUACAGAUUAAACUACAAACUUUAGCUUUUAGAACAGGAAACGACACAAUGCGCACUAUGAAUAUCAUCAAUAAACCCUUUUAGAUGUUACACUCUUUCUUUCUGGAGCUGUUUCACCAUCAUUCAUGAUGCAUUUUAUUUUUCCCAGCAGCUCCUGCAUUUCCUCUGUGCACUGCAUUGUGGGAGAAUAGUAUCCAUCGACAGCACACUCAAAAAUCCUAUUUAGUAUUCGUCCUGUCUGGUGUCUUCAUUUCAGCUCUGAGUUAGUAUGUAACAUGGAUUUAGGACUCUGUUAGUCUUGUUUAUGUUAUUGAUGAAUGUGCGUCUCAGUCACUUCUGUGUGGUCACAUUUUAAAAGUGCUUUAAGCGUAGACAGUGGUGUUAAAGUGUUAAAGAGGAUUCCCUCACUCUGAGACAGUGGCUGGACAUUGAUAAAGAGAUAUAUGAUAGUGAAAGGCUCACACGCUAUCUAAAAAUUAAAAAGAGUUUAUGAAAAUUGUGGAAAAUACUUAUAAAACCAGUGACAAGGACACUUUUUUUUACCUCACUGACACUAUUUGUGGUGUUAUAAUUAAUUCCCCCCUCGCUAUUGUUGCACUAUUGCCCACUAUUGGUAUCCGUCCUGCCACAAUAACUCUUGAAUGCCAGUGUGUGACAAUGUGCCGACAGCCAGAGCACUCACCUGAUGAGAGAAAUGGAAACGGAAACAUGACUCCGUGUGCGCACUUACACCAUGUACUUGGUUCUGUUUGAUUGAAUUUCAUUGUGAGGCUGUGCAGCACAUCCCAUUAAAAAAAACACACCACGUGAGUGAGUAAAAAAAAUGGGAGUUGCAUGAUUUUAAGAUGUUUUUAAGUUUUUUUUUUUCCUCAAAUAAGCACGUUUGUGUUUGUUUGUCCACGUCCAGGAUGGGUCUACCUGUGGACAGCCCCGACAGGAGUGGUGAUGCACUCAAACAGGAGCAGCAGGGCGAGGGCGAGGGGGGCGAGAGCCAAACCGAAGCCCGCACCACCCGCACGCCGCCGCCCAUCAACAAGAAGAGGAAAAAAUGCAAGAAGAGACUGUGGAUCAGCCUCACCAACUGCAAAUAUGAAAGCGUGCGGCGUGCUGCUCGCAGAUACGGCCUCAGGGAGGCGGCGGAGGGUGAAGACUGGACGUUGUUCUGGACCGACUGCUCCGUGUCUCUAGACCGAGUGAAGGACAUGAAGCGUUACCAGAAAAUAAACCAUUUCCCAGGGAUGAGUGAGAUCUGCCGCAAAGAUCUACUGGCGAGAAACAUGAACCGUAUGCUCAAGCUUUUCCCCAAAGACUACAAUAUCUUCCCCAGAACGUGGUGCCUUCCUGCAGAUUACAGUGACUUCCAAGCUUACACCAGGGCCAAAAAAAGCAAGACUUACAUCUGCAAGCCAGAUACCGGUUGCCAAGGCAAAGGCAUCUUCAUUACCAAAUCAAGUAAAGACAUUCAACCUGGAGAGCAUAUGAUCUGCCAGGUGUACAUCUCCAGGCCUUUCAUAAUUGACGGCUACAAGUUUGACCUGCGUGUCUACGUGCUGGUGACGUCAUGUGACCCAUUCAGCAUUUUCAUGUUCAAGGAGGGACUGGCUCGCUUCUGCACCACCAAGUACAACGAACCGACACACAGCAACGUGGAGGAUGUGUGCAUGCAUCUCACCAACUACUCCAUCAACAAGAACAGCGAGAACUUUGUCCGUGAUGAGGACACUGGCAGCAAACGAAAGCUCUCCACCCUGAACAAGCUCCUGGAGUCCAUCAGCUGCAACACGGACAAGAUGUGGAAUGACAUUGAGGACAUGAUCAUAAAGACUCUGAUCUCUGCUCACCCCAUCCUGAAGCAUAACUACCACACGUGCUUCCCCAACCACACCACCGGCAGCGCCUGCUUCGAGAUCCUGGGCUUCGACGUGCUGCUGGAUCACCGGCUCAGACCCUGGGUCCUGGAGGUGAAUCACUCCCCGAGUUUUACCACCGACUCGCCACUGGACCGCGAGGUGAAGGACGCGCUGCUGUACGACACCUUGGCCCUCAUCAACUUGGGCGCCUGCGACCGCCGCAAGAUCACCAAAGAGGAGAGACGCAGGGUGAAGGAAAGGCUGCAGCAGAACAGCUCCAGAGAGGCCAGGUCGGAGGAGCUGCGUCAGUGCCAGGCUGCCACGGUGGAGCAGAUGGAGAGGUACGAGGCCAAACACCUGGGAGGCUUCAAGAGGAUCUAUCCCAGAGAGGGAGAAGAGAAAUACGACAAGUACUUUAAACACAGCAGCUCGCUCUUCCAGGAGACGGCAGCGUCCAAGGCCAGAGAGGAGUGUGCCAGGCAACAACUGCAGGAGCUGCGUCUGAAGCAGGAGCAGAAGGAGAGAGACCAGAAGGGAGGCCGGAGGAGAGACUUGCAGGGGGAGACGGCGGGGGAGAGAGCCAAACCGCGGCCAGCACAAACACAACGCCCCGGCUCAAACUGUGACCCGCAGCCGCCGUCUCUGUCGAGCGUUUUGGUGGAUCCUGAUGCCGCAGAGGUCCGAGACGAGAAGAGGGAGCAGGACGAAAAGCUGGAGGAGCAGGAGCGGGUGGCUGCGCUGCUCCAGAGGAAGAAACUACUGCAGGACCUGGGCGUGGUGGACCAGAUCCACCAGCUGUUGCAGGGCCGGACAGAAGGUGGGGGGGUCCCGCAGGACGCCAGGGACACCUACACCCACCAGCAGAGUAAGCAGAGACAGCAGCAGGUGAAGUUGGAGUCUUUGACACAGUUUUCCCAAAAGACAAAGCAGCAGCAGCCCUGCAGUCAGGUGUCACGGCAGCACAUCCACUCCCACAUGACUCAGCAGCGCCUGCUCAGGCCCACGGUGGACCAGAAGAGCCUGAACGAGUCGGCCUGCCUGCAGUCUGAGCCCGAGAGCCACAGCAGGGCGGCGGAGACGAGGAGGACCACCAGCGCCCAGCGGGUACACUGGCCAGAUGUCAAAUAUUCUCCUUCUGUUCCCCCAUCAGUCGGGGGCUCUCUGUCUGUCGGGCAGGACAGCAGGAGCAGCUCCUACCCCGACACCCGGUCCCGUCCCAGCGUCCCCAUCAUAAACCACGUCCCUAAAGGGGGCCUGCGCUGCAGUGCCUACAUGUCCCACGACCCCGCAGCCCUGCAGAGCCUCCUUGUCAUCUCCACUCGCGCCCCCCUGGUCAGGAGGCCUGGCUUCUCUCACAUCGUCCGCAACUCCUCCCGCAGAGCCCCCCAGCACGGUAAAGGGCAGUGAGGAGCAGGACCACCGAGUCCAGACCUGCCUCCGGGUUUGAAAAGCGUAGACACACAGGAGAAGUGGAGGCAGAGCGGCUUUAAAUUGUGAAAAUACAGACAAACACACUGUGCCUGUGAUGAACGUCUCGUGUUUGUAGACAGAUUUUAAUAUCUGCUCGCCACUUUACAACCUCCAGCACUGCAGAAACAACAUUAUGGCUUUUUGACUUUUUCUACCUGCUGCGUGUGCUCAGAUAAAUACGUGAUAUUUUACUCUGAGGAGGAAUUAUCUCUCACACACACACACACACACACCUCACCUAGAGUGCCAAAAUAAAAGCAGACGAGCCUGAUUUUUAACACCAUCUGUGAUCCAAACCUGCAGCCUCUGAGAUAUGGAUCGGGAGCUGACACUGACUGUUUAUUGGGUGUUUAUAUGAGCUUAAAGUGGCUCAGUGAAACCAAAUGUAAUCCUCAUGAAUAUUAAAGUAUUAUUAAUUAAGAUUUAAGAACCUUAUAGGAAGAUAAACUGAGGUUUUUUUUAAUUUAAAUAAAACCCCUCAGUUUAUCUUCUUCUUUUCUCAAGGACGUGUUUGUGCAGUCAAGUAUUGAAAAUAUAUAUUUUUUUGCACUGAUUGUCAAUAAAAUAUCUUUUUGUAAUGACA